CCGGGCUUAAAUGUACCUACCACAAUAUAUACUUUUCUAAUGUGUAGGGGGACGUGCCAUUAUCAAGAAGUAGAAGAUCCUGGAUUGAGUAACUCCGAUCUACCAAUGGCUUACGUCGAAAGAGGUGUUGUGAAACCCAAGCGAUCAAUUUGGCGUUUGAAAACAUUGACUGAUUUCUUUUGGGCAAUCAUCAACUUCAUUAGCAUUUUCUUUGCCACCAUGUUUUCAAUGGAAAAGUCUGAUGCUUAUAGGAAGGGGACUGGAUCUAGCAAGAAGUGGGAUGGUGGUGGCCCUGGAGGUCCAGGAAGCGGUCCGUAUGGAUCAGGUCCACGUGGUGGGCCACCCCGUGGAUUAGAUAAUGUCCGAGGCAUUGACCAUAGUUCCCUUCCUGCGUGCGGCUCCUGCUGUGGUUAAGAUGCAAAAUUUCUGUCACCAAUUGUGAAUUGCAUACCUUAGAAAAACUACAACAGGAUAUAAUGUGGUAAAUUUAAAACACACAUUUCACAACUAAUGCUUGUUUGUGCUUUGAAUGAUGUUUCUAUUAUACUUAUCAUUUGUGUUACACGUUUGGAUGUCCUUGACAUGGUGGGCAAUCACCCUGAAUGUAUUCUGAAUUCGACCUCUUAAAGUGACUGACGUUCUAGUAACCCUAUUGGCUCGAGGGAUAGCUCGAGUAGUCAAUAGAGGUGUGCAAAAGGGGAGCUGUGAUCGGGUUCGAUUCUUAAUGAAUAUAGUGUGGGAUG